ACUCAAAGACUCAAAGGUACGACCUCCUUCACAUUUCUCUCUUCAAUCUCUCUCUUAUACCAGCCGCUUCUGGAUCGCAAAGAUCCCGACUUUAUCCCCAAAUCUCUCCUCAAUUUAGCUGAAAUUGGAACUUCGAUUCUAGGGUUUUGUUCAACCCUUGGCUGAUUUACUGGGUUUGCUUCGAUUUCUAAUCUCUCAACUCCUCUAAUGUUUAAUGGCGAGGCAAAGGCCGAAGCAGCUGGAGCCAAACAAGAUUGGUUCUUCCAAGGUGGGUUUUGAAGGAGAAGAAGAAGAAGGAGGUUGGGUUUUUGUUAAGAAGCAGAGAGUCAUCAUUGUCUUGCCUUCUCUUCCUCUACCUGAGCCUUUUAUUGGGGAGAAGCCUCCUGCAACUUCUUAUCUUCAAGCUGAGCGUAGAGACUCUGUUGUUGCUGAUACUCGAGAAGCUGCUCGUGUGGUGGUGGUGCCUUCUCUUCCUCUACCUGAGGAAUUCGUUUUGAAGAAGCCUGAGACUUGUCAGUCACUAGUUGAGUUGAGAGACAUUAUUGCUGCAGAUAUACGUGAGACUACUCCUCUUCCUCGACCUAAAGAUUUCAUUUUGCAGAAGGCUGUAACUUGUCAAUCACAGGCUGAGUUAGGAGAUGUAGUAACGGAUAAGCAUGUAACUACUCCUCUUCAGAGAGUGGUGCCUGAGCCUUUUGUUUUGGGGAAGCCUGCAACUUCUCAGUUACAAGCUGAGUUAAGAGAGGCUAAUGUUCACACAAUGGUGCCUUAUGUUCCCGUACCUGAACAUCGCACUUUGCAGACACCUGAAACUUCUCAAACGCAAGCUGAGUUUAGAGCAGAUAAGCAUGAAGCGUCUCUUGUUCACACAGUGGUGCCUUCUCUUCCGGUAACUGAGCAUAUCACUUUGCAGAAGCCUGCAACUUCCCAUUCACAAGCUGAUUUAAGAACGCGCAAACCUGCUCUUGCUCACUCUGUGGUGUCUUCUCUUCCGGCAACUGAACAUAUCACUUUGCAAUCACAAGCUGAGAUAAGAGCUGAGGAGAUGCGCAAAGCUACUCUUGUUCACACUGUGGUGUCUUCUCGUUCGGUAACUGAACAUAUCACUUUGCAGAAACCUGCAACUUCGAAAUCACAGGCUGAGUUAAGAUCUGAGGAGACGCGCAAAGCUUCUCUUGCUAACACUGUAGUGUCUUCUCUUCCAGAGUAUGAGCAUCGCACUUUGCAGAAGCCUGUAACUUCCCAGUCACAAGCUGAGCUAAGAGCCAAGGAGACGCUCAAAGCUACUCUUCUUAGCCCUGUGGGGCCUAAAAUUCCAGUAACAGAGCAUCGCACUUUGCAGAAGCCUGUAGCUUCUCAGUCACAAGCUGAGCUAAGAGCCAAGGAGACGUUCAAAGCUACUCGUGUUCAAGCAGUGGCGCCUUCUCUUCCUGUGCUUGACUAUUGCACUUUGCAGAAGCCUGCAACUUCUCAUUCACAAGAUGAGUUAAGAGCCAAGACUCGCAAAGCUACUCUUGUUCACGCAGUGGAGCCUUAUCUUCCAGUAACUGGGCAUCUCACUUUGCAGAAGCCUGCAACUUCCCAAUCACAAGCUGAGCUAAGAGCCAAGGAGACGCCCAAAGCUACCGUAGUUCAAGCAGAGAUGCCUUCUCUUCCUGUGCUUGACUAUUGCACUUUGCAGAAUCCUGCAACUCAUCACCUACAAGCUGAGCCGAGAGACUUUGUAUCAGAUGCUCAGGAAACAGCUGAUUUUCAAGCUGUAGACAAACCGGAGAGGGUGAUGGAUCGCAGUUACACAACCAGGAAAGCUCCAGGUCCAAGGAGAUCAUCCCAAGAUUGUAGGAUGGAUUCAGAUAGAAGGAUGGCAAACCAAAGGAGCCGUCCUACAGGUCACAACAAGCCUAUAAGGUUUCCUAGAGUGAUGUGCAGCUCUGUGGUUAUGGACAACGAGAAGCUUAGAGUGGUGAAUCUAGAGAAGAAGGUUGAGAAAGCAGGAGGGUUGAACGAAUGGGUAGGAUCUAUAGGAUUGGGGAGAGAGUUUGAGAGGAUGCUGAGAGGACAGAGGAUGAGUAAGUUUCAAAUGGCGAAUUUGACAAUGGAGAAGCUUAAGCAGAUGGGUGCUUUAGCCGUUGGACCUAGAAGAAAGCUUAUACAUGCUAUUCGUUGUGUCUAUCACCCACAUUGUCUUCGUGCUUCCUUUAACUAAGUAUACACAUCUUGUCACAGUUUAGUCUUUCAUUGUCCAGUAAUAAAACUUUGAUAUUGCUUGUUUGAUUAGAGAUUUUAAAUUUUAAUGGUCAAAGUUUGAUAA